UUAAAAAAUAUCAAAAAUAUGUGUGCGCGAUUUUAUAAGGACAAAUGGGCAAACGAACAUCGAGUGAUACGAAAUAUAUGUAUCUAGCUCGAGGUACUAUUGGGAAUUUCCGCUGACGAUUCCAGCAUAGGUAGGCAAUCGAAAAUGGACAAUUGUCAUGUAAUUAUUAAGGGUUUAGCUUAGAUUUAGGGUCUUAUUUUAUCUCUUUUGCGUUGUUUCGCGUUGUUCGUUCAUCGUUGUUUUCGCGCAUCAACGUCUUCCCGUGGGAAUCGCGUGUGAUUAUGAUCGGAAGAACAUCACUAGUCGAACAAAAGAGACUUCAGUGGGCAAGGGAAAGGGAAGAAAUGGCUCGUCUUGGCGUUAAUUGGGGACCUGUAAAACCAAGUAACAAUUACCGCACCCAUAUUCGCACUUACUCGAAUGACGUCAGAUUGUCCUUGGAAGAAAUAAAGGAUAAGCCUUGCGCGCAACCCCUUCGUGCGACCGGACGUUACGGAAGCACCGUCAGUUUGAAAAGUCUUGAAAGUUCCGGAAAUGGUAACAGCAAUCUCAAGUGCCUCGACUACAAUAGUGGUAGUUUGAUUAAUCUCCGAGAUCAAAUGGACGGAUCGCAAAUUAGACGCAGGAGUCCGAGUUUGCCCCCAAUUUUCAACAAAGAACAACAGCAAUACUUUUGCCAGCUGGAACAACAACGUGACUUUGGCGUAGAGGGAUCGCGAUACCAGUCGCAAAGGUCGCAGAAACUGGAACACCAUCGGUCCAACGAUCAUCGUGAGGCCCGUAAAGAACCCCGUCAUUACGGUUCACCAGGCGAAGAACGCGAAGGUGAAACUUCCGGUUACGCUAGCGACUCGAUUGAUGUACCUCAGGCAGGGCAAAGAACUCUAGCUGAUGGUAAAGUAAUGGCCGGAAUGGAAAUGACGGAGAAAACCUGGCAGAAUCCUUACUGCACCACUCCGGAAAGUUCAUUACCGCCUUCGAGGAGGCUCUCACCUGGUAGACUAGGUGAAUUAAACAGGCCAAGGUGGGGCAGCGUCUGGGGUCAAGACGGAAGAAGCGAUCCACCGCCGCCCUCUUGGCUAUCAAGAUUAGGACAAUCGAGUCAAGUUUUAGUGAUCAAUCAUGACAGUGCUAGCAGCCCGGACAGUUCGACAACUGGCUCGACCAGUUCCGACACUAACAAAGUAUCCUACCUUCGGGGUCAGAAUAUUCCAGUAGACGCGGACAUCCUUCAAGAACGUGAAGCGAAACGACAGAAAGCGUUGGAAUUGCAGAACGCUAUUAAACAACAACUUGAGGAGAAAGAUAGACAGAGAAAAGAAGAAAAAGAGCGGCGUAUGAGAGAAGAAAGAUUGGAAGAUGAACGAAUUCGACGAGAAAGGGAAAAAGAAAGGGAAAGAUUUGAAGAAGAGCAACGAUUAUUGCGCGAAAAGGAAGCGGCAAAGAUGAAGAAGGCGCAGGUGAUGCGCGAGGUCCUAGAAGCUGCGGAACGGCUGGCCAAAGAAGAACGAAAGAAUCGGCGGAAGCGAGAGCUUCCUGAUGAACACACCGACGAGGAUGCUGACGUAGUGACACAGUCUUCCAACAAGACCAAGGCGAUUGUCAGCGUGGACACACGCGACGAGGACAAUAGUCCGCAAGCGCAAAAGCAAAGCACAAACUCGAGUACCGAUUAUCCCGAAAAGAAGUCCAAAAAUCCGAAGGACGUCAAGGAGGCCGACAACUAUCGCGAAAGCGAGAACGGCAAAGAUUCGCAGAAAAACUAUUCGCAGUCGAGUUACACGUCGGAGGAGGCUACUCCGGAUCCGAAUCCAAAGUCUCUUCAGGUCCCCGUGAGCAAGGAUGUGGCGAUCGUGCUGAGCGGCAGACUGGAGGAUCCGGAGAUCCUGAGCAGGGCGAAUUUGCAACUGGUGAAUUUAGUUAUGACACCAAGUCCGCGUAGAUUCGCGGAAAAUACCGCGGAGUAUUUGUCGCUGGGUCUCAACACCAUCAUACGAAACAAUGGAAGUCCUAGGUACCCGAGGAAAUCCUCGAGGGACGGCGGUACCUCGUCGGCCCUCGUGGAGAACAGGCUGUUGACGCCCAGCAAAUACAGAACCCUGGCCGGUCGAGACUUCGGCACGCAGACAGACGUGGAAUCCGACGUCCAGGAACUACGAGAGAAACUGCAGGAUCAAUCGAUCGGGGAUCAAGGUACCACGAAGGACCGGAAGGACACGACGAACGCCAGUCGAAGAACCGUUGAAAAGUCGAUCAAUGUAAAUCCAGGCGAAGAAAUUUCCAUAAAAACGCUUCCGCGAUCCAAAUCUCAACCCAGACCCACUCUCGAUAGCAGACCGCGAUGGAACGCUAAUCGUCCAGGUACACGAUAUCGGACGCAAAGUGAGAAAGAUCCUCACUAUCAGAGAAGAUUAAGAUUAAGAAGGCGGCAAGUCAAGUCUAGCGAUGAAGGAUCUAGAUCGCCAUCCCCCGAUCGGCGAAAAUCGAAUAAUGGAAAGUCAAAGAGCCGAAAUACCAUGAGACGUAAAGCGAAACUCGAAAAUUACGAUGCCGAUCUAUCGAUGGACAGCCUGAAUUCCGUUGUGCCCCUACGAAUCGAUAAAAAUGGAAAGAUUAAUAUUGAAGAUCGUGCUAAAAAGAAGCUGCGAUCGGAUGGCACUUCUUGCAACGCAAAACGAUCGGACGAUAAUUCCAAUAUCUGGUGCGGACAAGAGAUUUUAUCCAAACUGACAUCGUUGAGAAGCGGACUUUUGAUGAAGCAAAUCGAGUGGGACACCAAACGAUGUUUGGUCUCACCCGCUGCGUCUGAAAUCUUUUAAAUGCCCGCAGGA